AUGGCCGCAAGAAUUUUUCGUUAUACGAUGUUGCUGUCUAUAGUAAUUCCCUCUACAUGUGUUCUGCCAGGCUAUUUCUCUCUCCCAGCACAUGCAGAAUGUGACGACAUAAUCGACCACUUCUUUCAUCUAGGUCUGGGUUACAGCGAGAUCUUGAUGUGUUUGUUUCUUUUGCAUGGCAUUUGCUUAAGUAUUCGUCAACUAAAGCGAAUACUGAGAUGUCGUGGUCUUGGAAGAAGAGCUCAUAGGACUGAUCCACGGCAGGUUUGCGAAGCUAUCGAGGAGGAACUACGAGGCAGUGGUAGCACUAUUGGGUAUAGGCAAAUGACUCAGAGGCUGGUAGUUGAUCACGGGCUAGUUGUUGGCAAAGAGACAGUUAGAGAAUUGAUGAAGAUAUUAGAUCCUUAUGGUGUGUCCGCAAGAUCAAGUCGGAGACUCCGGAGAAGGCAGUACAGCACAAAAGGUCCUAAUCACAUAUGGCAUAUUGACGGAUAUGACAAGUUGAAACCGUUUGGUUUUUGUGUACACGGUGCAAUUGACGGCUAUAGCAGAAGAAUCAUGUGGUUAGAAGUUGGUCCUUCUAACAAUGAUCCCUCUGUCAUAGCCCAAUAUUUUGUGGACACUAUCAGGCAAAUCGGUGGAACUGCCAAGAUAAUACGUGGUGACGGGGGAACAGAGAAUGUUUAUGUCGCUGCUGUACAGCGCUUUAGACGUGAUGGGGACGACAGUUGGGCUGGAGAUAAAAGUUUCUUAUAG